CCUCAGUUUUCGGUCGGUCGCCUCACUGUUGAGACGUAAUUUACGCAUUUAUGAAUGGUGUGUGGUGUGUCAAGAGGGGUUCGUGGUUCGGUUCAGAAAGAGAGGAACAACUAGAAACAUACAACACACACAAUUCCCACAAUAAUGGAUGGAUGGCGGAGCAGGCAACCCGAGCGGCAGCGAUUCCAACAGAACAGUUUCCACGGUUUGCAGCACCGUAACGCGGUUCUGCACGGAUAUUAAGGGCGGAAGUGGCCGCAACUCUGCGCUCCCCUUCCUUCGAGAUACUGGGAGAGGGAGAGCGAGCAGGAACAACGCAGCGGCGUAAACAUAAAAUCGAUAUUUUCGGAUCCAGCACGGAUAUUGUGUGUGAGCGGGUGUGUGUGUUUGUGUGCAAAAUAUUGGGCGAAACGCACUGGACGACGAACAACUGCGGGAUCCUCUGGGGAGGAAGUUUGCGAAGGUUAAGGAAUAUCCCGGAUACCUUCCUUCUCGGGGGUCCGUCGACGAAUUCCCAUUGGAUGUUGGAUACAAGCGCGCCCUCCGAGCGAGGCUAGGAUUGAGAAGGAGAAGAAGCUGUGUACGGUGGUAUGGUUGCUUCUCGAUGGUGUUGUUGUUGUUAUUGCUGCUGGAUGACGAUAAUACAUUAGCGCUUGGAGAAGUAGCAGAACCAGCAGUGUGCUGCCUGUCGUACAAGUGUUUGAAAUUUAAAUUGAUAGAAAUAGUCGCUGCAGAAGUGGUCUAAUUUGUAUUGUAUACACAGAUAUAAGCACGUAGAUGUAGGGUAUCAAACGUACGCGUAAGAAUUGCGCGAUAAGCAAACUAGAGAGUGUCGGAGCAGAGGAGGAACAACACACUCAAGUGUAAAGUGGUUCGGGUGUUCUGCCUGGAAGAUUUGCGAAGAAAUUGCAAACACAACAACACAGGGCCAAUUCUGAAGUGUAGAGAGAGAGAGAGAGAGCGUGGUGUGGCGCUUGUGUGUUCUAUCUACCUUGGAAUACCGAGAAACCAACGCUAAGAAAAGAGCAGCGGUAAAGCAACAGCGCCAGGCAAGGCAUUGUGUGUGGUGAAGAAAAAAUAUGAUUCAUGUGUGUAAGAAGAAAGUGGCGCAGCAGCAGCACCUCCAGUAAAACAGGAAGAAUCCGGAUAGAGAGGAGGAAGAAUAGCUAUUUAUGGGAUCUCGCGGUGCACGGUGUGUUGUGUGAAAACACCAGCACUUGUUAGGGAAUAAACAAAUAAUUUAACGCAACAACAAAAAUCGGGCCAAAUGAGGCCAUCGUCAAUAAUGCCAAAUGCUGGAAAGCAUCGGAAAAAGUGAUUCCAAAGUGAAGUAGAAAUACAGCAAAAAGUGCCCCCCCAAAGUUGCAGAAUCAGUGUCACAGCAGCAGCAGCAGCCAACAACGCCAAAUCUCUUCUGGUUCCGAAGGAGAAAUUCCAAAUGGUCAAACAUUUUUAUGGCGCUGUUAUUAUUUCGAUUCUGCCUUGUGUUCGCGAUCGGAUUAUUCUUUCUCAAUGGGUUCGCAAUACCACCAGUGUCAGCGUUCGUUAACAGCCCGGGCCCGGACCGGUUGCGGCUCACGGUGUCCCCGCCGGCCCAGGUGGUAAUCACGGCGACCAAGAACAGCCCCGUGUACUUGCCAUGCCACGCCGAGGCUGACGUCGACAGCCGCAAUGACUGGUCCAACUCGGAAAUGGACGCUGAGCUGGACGACGGCGACUAUGAGGACGUCGUCGCCGCCGGUGGUGGUGGUCUGUACGAGGACGCGGCGCUCGAUCUGACCAGCCUGGCACACGACCCGGUGAACCCACGGCACCGAGAUAACGAUCUGGAUGACGAGGAGGAGGAGGAGGAUGACGAUGAGGAGUACGAUGAAGAGUCCGAGCGGAGACGGCAGCGAAGGAGAAGACAGCGCUAUCGAAGAGCGCUCUACAGCGACGACGACCUCAUCGAGUACGUGUGGUUCCGGAACGGGUUGGAGUUCUUCAGCACGGCCUUCCAAAACCAGAACCACAAACAGUCGCACAAAGGCUUCCGGUUGUUCCCGAAUGGAACGCUGAAGAUACCGUACAACCGCCAGUUUAGCAACAUCUCCGCUGGGGUGUACCGGUGCAAAGCGAACCUGACGCGGCAUGCCGCCGGAACAAUCAUGUCGACGGAAUCGGUGGUCACCAUCGCUUACCUCGAGCGGCACAGUACGAUCAUCUCGGACAACAACACCGUAGUGGCUGCCGCCCAGCAACCGCUCGUACUGCACUGUCCGUUCGUGAGCCAUCCACCGGCCAACGUAACCUGGAUGGUCAACAAGACCCAGAUACUGUUCAACAACUACGCUCAGAGCGCGCAAGACACCAGGUACUACCAGCUACAGAACGGCAGUCUGCUGAUGGCCGACGUGCGCCUCUCCGAUGCCGGUCGAUAUCGGUGCAAUGCGACCAACAACUUUGCGGCGAAAGCCUUUCGCAGUUACAGCUAUGUGGUGAACGUUCAACCAGCGUCAACCAGCGUGAAGUCAGUGGACCGUCUGCUGCCGCGAAUGCAACAGCAAAUCCAGCACGUCCGAACGGGAUCAACACUGAAGCUGAACUGUGCCAGCGAAGCGGGUCGACCGCGGUGGACAUUCACACCCCGGCAGGGCAAGAUUCCGAUCAGCUUGGUCAACUUCACAUACCAGUUGGUGUUCGUAAAUGUUUCGAUGGACAAACACGACGGGGUGUACAACUGCUCAGUCGGUAGCGAUUUUCAGCUGUUCAACGUGACCGUACUCGUUCCGCCGGUGUUUUUGAGCAAAAUCACUUCGGUGACCUCGUCAGUUGUGGCGUCCAUGUCGUUCAACAGCACCGUCAGCGGUAACCCGAAGCCCAAGAUAACUUGGUUCAAGAACGGUCGAGAGCUCAAGAACAGUUACAUCGCUCACUACGACUAUCCGAUGCUUCGUAUCAACACCAUCGACCCGGAGGACGAAGGUCUGUACCAGUGCAUCGCGAAGAACGAAGCUGGAGAAGCUAGCAUCUCGAUGUACCUGUCGAUCCGAGAUAAAGACAAGUACCGGCGGUUGUACAAGCGUCCGGAGAACAUCCAGUGCUACCCGGUGGACACGACCAGCUUGUACGUCCGGUUCGAUCGAGGCAUGCAGCACAUCAACACGGAGUACGCCAUGUACUACCUAGCGUCGGAUGACCCGUACAGUUGGUACAGCUCUCCACCGACGCAGCUGAUCACCAACAACAGUCUGAAGAUCACCGGACCGGCAGUGACUCCAUUCCGCAACUACACCGUGUACUUGCGAGCCUGCUCCGUGAACAACGUAGCCGACGCUGGAGGUUCAGGGCCAUCCGGAAAGGAGCAGGUCAUUCCGUCGAAGCUGUCCAAAGGAUUUCAGUGCACAUCGCAAGGCGUCCCGGUCCUGUCGAUCUUCUUCCCAAACGGAAUCUUCAUCUGGUGGCCAAGAUUCCCGAACGUGGAACCAACCGCUCUCACCAUACAGUUCAAGCAGGUCGACGAUACAGAUCAAGCGCCCGCCUUGGCCGAUCAUAUAAACGGUACGCUGCAGAUCCUCGACGACUACAUCACCCACGAGGAGGUCGCUCCGCUCUUAAUCCCCGUCAACGUAACUUUCACGCAGUUUUUUGAAAACAUACCGGAGGACAGCGCAAGCAGCGGUAUCAAGCGUCGCCGUCGAGCGUUCGACAUUGGCAAGAAUCCCAAGCAGAUUUUCGAGUCGCUGACCGGUACCCAGAUGGAUCUGGAGAAGGCGGGUGGAAGUGCCGGCGGUGAGUCGGGAAAGCCCGGUCGCCGGAUUCGUCAGGUAUCGAUCAGUCAGAUCAAAGUGCCGGGUAACGUAACGGGCGUGCUAAUCCCCAACACGAACAAGCUGGUCGUGAGGAUUCUGGGAUCGGUCAGCCCCGACGGAGAGCCGAUGGUGCAGGACUACCGAUACAUCCAGUGGAAGACGAUCGACGCCGCCCACCGUCCUCCGGACACGGUCAACCGCUUCCAGACGGAGCAUCUUGACGCGCGCAGUGUCCAGUUCACCUGGAGCCGCUUCAUCGCGACGGACGCGAUCAACCGGUGUCUGAUGCUGUGCUACAAGAACGUCAACCACGACGUCGUCAUCCGCGGAGGCUCGAACCGGGUCAACUGUCUGAACAUUCCGAAGGAUGCGACGCACUACAACCUGGCGGGUUUGCUUCCGUUCACGCUGUACAAGGCGUUCCUCAGGCCGUGUCACUCCAAAGAGGCUAUCAGCGCCGUGCUGGACUUUCAGACGAAGCAGGAUGUCCCCGGACCCGUGACGAACCACAUGCUGGAGCGAAAGGACGGAAUCACACUCUCGUGGGGUCCACCGGAGAAUCGCAACGGAGUGCUUCAAGGCUACCAGGUCACGUGGAUAGACAAAGACAACGUGCACUACACGGCGAAUUUGACGGUGGACGCACGACGUUUUCACUUUCCGAACGUGUCCGCAGAGGAAAAGAUCAACAUCUCCAUUCGGGCUAUCGGAAGCACCGGAAUGGGCAUACCGAUCUAUGUGAAUCUUCUCAACUACGUGGUCGUCACUCCGGAACCACCCGUGGCAGAUCCCGUUCCGUGGGUGGAGAUCGCGAUCGGCACGGUGAUGGUCGUGUUCUUCCUGCUGUUCUGUUGUCUGCUGGUUAUACACAGACGGAACUGCAAGAAGACGCAUAGGAACCAGGAUGCAGCGAACACCACAACGAUGGCGCUGCAGGCGCACCACACAACCAACUGCAGCGCCGACAUCCACGAGAUGCAAACGCUAAUUAGGACGCCGGAUCAACUACCAGUAUUAAUACCGAACGGCAAAUACAAACAACCCCAGCAUUUGCAGAUCAUCAACGCGCUGGAAAGCGUUCGAGGGCCUGCCAACACUACCUCGAACGUCGCCAGCAGCUCUGCCAACGGAAAGUCGCACCGUUUGUCCUCCAACCCCAGAAAUGGACUCUUGCCUCACUCGAACAUUUCUUCCCUAAAAGUGAACUCGCCACUUCCAGUCCCUCAACCAACAGUAUCCUCAGGUGUCUUCGGUACCAGCACACCGUUGAGCACACUCUUGAACACUAGUAGAUGUAACCACGUUGUCCCAGGCGCGGAACAACCUCAGAUGUCUAUCGCCACUAGCAGUAAUAGUAUUUAUCGUAGUUCCAAUAGUAGCUAUCUCAAUGCGGCCGAAGAGCACAGCGAACCACGUGCUCCCGCGGAAGCUGGACUCAGUACGGGUGAUCCAAUAAGCCAACUGCAACCGAAACAUUCCUCCAGAGCAACAACAACAACAACAACCACUUCUAUGUUUACACCCAACAACCACCCGGCGGAACAACAGCACCCGGUUCCGCCCAGUUCCGCAGCUACCUCGACGUCGCUCUCGUCGGCGUCCAACCUCUCCGCCAACUCGGCCGGCUCGAGUGGCGGCUCCCCGACGAUAUCGUCCUGUUCUGUUCCCCAGCAGCAGCCACUACCAGUACAGUACAAUCACCCCUACGUGGCCACCGUGCACCGGAGCAAUCACCCGGCCAACGGUGGCCUCGGUGCGGCUUCUGUCUCCUUUCCUGGCACGUGUUUCAGCGUGACCCCAGCGGAGGUGCGAAUAACCGAGAAUCCUCAGUAUUCCAAAACCAGCAAACAAGCGGAUGGAUACCACCACGCUGCUCCAUCGGCCGUAUUGAACACUUCACUGUUCGACAGUAGCCAACGUAGAUUAUUAGAUUUAACAAUAGAUAGUAAUAGUGUAGAGCAGUACGACGACGAGGACGACGGCGGUGACGACAACGCAACCAACUGUGAUCAGAACGACGACGACUCCGCGUCACGGGAACUACCCGUGACCGGCCAGCUAACGGUACGAGUGGUCCGGCAGAGCUCCCCUUCGGAGGAGGGCGACGACAACAACAACGGUGCCGGCCGCGGUCCCAGUCUGCACAAUAACGACUGCCGGCAUCAGCUGGCGGCCCUCCGGAGUCACCACGAUCCGGUGGCGGUGGCGGCGGACAUCGUCGAGUAUGACCACGAAGAGGACGAUGACAAUCUGGAAGAGCUGGACAACUCGUCGGCGCUGCUGACCGAGAGUGGGCUCAGCUCGAAACCGUUGCACCAGCAGCACGCCUCCAGCUGGAACUUCCGGCGGCCGAUCGUCGGUCCGAACGGUUAGUUGCCAGUGUCAGUCGCCUGUAGCGUCGCACAACAGCAACUACAUCAUAAUCAUCAUCACAAUCAACAUGUUCUAAUCGACCCCCUCUCGAAACCUACAGCAACAACGCAUGUGAUCGCCAUUAUCGUAAAGGAGUAAGAUGACUAUACUUACACUGUGUGUGUUUAUUUUUUUUUCUAAAUUUAUAAUAUUUUGUUUGGGUUUAUUUAGGUUCAAGGGAUGAAAGAGUUCGCGUUGAUUUAGUUUGGCA